AUGACGACGCGCGGCCAAUUCAACACCAAGAACCCCACCAUCAAGCGCAUCCUCAAAGAAGCCGCCGAACUCGCCUCCCACGCCUCCCCCGACUACCACGCCGAACCCCUCGAAGACAACCUCUUCGAAUGGCACUUCACGCUGCGCGGUCCGCCCGCGCCCUCCCCCUACGCGGGCGGCCUCUACCACGGCCGCAUCAUCCUGCCCGCGCAGUACCCGCUCCGCCCGCCGUCGUUCCGCUUCGUCACGCCGACGGGCCGCUUCGAGGUCAACCGCGAGAUCUGCCUGUCCAUCUCGGGCCACCACGAAGAGACGUGGCAGCCCGCCUGGGGCAUACGCACGGCGCUCGUCGCGAUAAGGAGCUUUAUGGAUACGGAUGCGAAGGGGCAGGUGGGCGGGAUCGAUAGUACGGAGGUCGCAAGGAGGAAGAUGGCGGCGGAGAGUGGGGCGUAUAGGUGUGCGGCGUGUGGGGGCAGGUCGAAUGCGGAGAUUAUGAGGGAGAGGGAGGAGUUGGCGAGGGAGGCGGAGGGGGAGGGGAAGCAGGAGGAAGAGGCGGUGCCGGAGGAGCUGAGGUUGGCGUAUAGGGAGGAUUUGGCCAAAGAGGAGGAGGGCGAGAAGGCGCAGGCGAGCUCGUCCGCGGCGGCGGCGGAGAAGACGGGAGGAGAGAAUGACGCGCCUAUGUUGUCAGCCGCGACGCCGCCGAGGACCGAACCAGUUGCUGCAGCCCCGCCGACUCAAGCCCCGACUACUACUACGACCACGACGGCCGCUGCGCCGGCGCCGCCGAGAGCUGCCGCGCCUGGCGCCCCUGCUGUCCCUGCGCCGACGCGUACCGUGCCGGCUGCUGCUGCUCCGGCUCUGCGCCAGCAGCAGCGGCCGCUUGACGACGGUGUGCCGGCCUGGAUCGACAAGGCCAUCUACGGUGUCCUCGGAGCCCUGGCGUUCAUGAUCCUCCGGAAGUUCUUCUAA